AGACUCCACUGCUGGCCUACUGGAAGAGACAUCAAGCCGCGCUGAGGAGUGACUGAAUUGCUGUGAUUUAAACAGCUACACCCCGUCCUUUUGCGAAGUUGUUUAAGUUGAUUCCUCACCAUGGUGCGUGCUUUCAUUGUACUCUCACUGGCAGUGACUUUCUACUUUGCUCUGGAAGCGAAAGCUGAAAUGGAAUGUACCACUGUAUUCAAGGGGUGUAACAUGACUACAGUAGGUCAGCAGUGUACGUGCGGAAAAUCAUGCGAAGAUACAUGGAUGUUUGCUAACGCUAAGCUUUGUCAACGGGCUGUGUUUGGCGAUACUUGCAAGAAGCAUGUCUGUCGUAACAAUGGAGUUUGCGUUCAGCAGAAAGAGGGCGCUGUCUGCAAGUGUGCCGGUACUGGUUACUAUGGUGAUCAUUGUGAAGAGCCUUGCCCUGCUACUGAGGAGAUGAAAAGACUGAAUGCACUUCCUACUGCCUGUGUUAUACCAUAAAGAUGAUGAGAGCCACUAUCUUAAUCCUAUGCAACAAUAAACAAUCUUGUCUUCCCUCUCUGAAAUGCUGUACUUCAGGCCAAUGGUCUCUUGCAUAUAAAUUUGCAUUUCAAUGUAACUCAUGAAAAUUCAAAUGCUAUUAAAAUCAAAUGCCAGUUUUUUUUAAAGACUAGCUAGUUUGAUUAUCCUGAUUUGCAUUUAUUUGCAAGUUCCACGCACAGGCAGCCCCCUAUAGGCGCAGUCACAUUUCGCCUAUGUUGGCCUUAUGAUGGGUCAAAAAACGGCUGUUUUUGUACCAGCUUCCUGUAUUUGGUUUAUAUAGAAAUCCGCAAGAUGGCUGUUUUUUUUUACUCACUGUGUGGACACCGUAGGGGAAAUAUGACUGCAGCGUAAGUCAUUUGAAUACUCACAUGUUUAAAACAAUCUAUUCAAAUUUUUAUGUACUAUGUACAUGUUAGUGAUUUUAGUAACAAACAGUAUUUUUUCACCCCAAAGUAUUGUCUAUCCCACCGUUUUUUGUACUGCACUGUACUAACAUUUUAAAAUAAUAGAGUGAUAUGGUAACAUUUUGUAUUGGUCAUCAAAAACCUACCAAUAGAUCCAUGCAUAAUCAACUAACACGACACAUGUCAAAGAAUAGAAAUAUGCAUUUCUUUUCAUUCUGUUGGCUUCUGUGGACGAGUAUCAUUGGAAAAAUUAUA